CAGCCAGCGGCACAUCCAGCCACCGCGCCGUGAGUUAGCCGAGCCUCCCCAGCGCUCGCUGGAGCUGCUGUGUAGCAACACCAGAUAUACGUCGGAGAUAGAAGACAGCGUCGAUUAUAGCAAGCGAGUUUGUACAGCUAACGACAAACAGCAAUAGAGAACUGGUUAUAAAGCGUACAAUCGAAGAGACAGCUCCGUGUCGUGAAGGCAUUCGAGCUUCAUUUUGUGUGCCUUCACCGCUCGUGCCUAAAUGCUAGUGGACGGUCGUCGACUAACUAGUCUGCAGGACGACUAACAACCUGUUUAUGCUGUGUACGUGUGUGUCGUUCUUUCUUUUUCUUUUCUCUUUUUUUUUUUUUUGACUAUCACAGCACUACUUCGACUGCUGUUGAAACUUCUAUCAGCCGCAGUAGUAGCUCUAAGCGUUGUCCGGCGUUGUUCUACUACAAAACUUGCCUAUGUUGCCAUACCAACGUAAACACAGAGGGACAUCGUUCUCGGUCGUCUGAAAUGGAGAAUACCAGCCCCAGGAGCCUCGAAUGAAGGUGGCCAGUGACAGGAAGAAAAAACGCAAAGACUACAAUGAGGUCAGAAUAGAGACAACGAAAGGCAAACAGACAUUAGAAUGUGCGAAAUCAGCUGUGCAAACAUUGCGCGCAUAGAUGCGCCGUAAAGAAUCGAGUACAGGUAAAAUGCGCAACAGGGAGUGCCUGUCAACCUAAAAAGUGGCCGUAAUCUGUUAGCGUCUGAUGUCCUCGUGUGAGUAUAAUGCGGCAGAUGGAGGAAGAUUUAUCGAGCGACGAAUUUCAGUCGACCGACGAUCGAUCCUCAGCAGGUAUCACGUCGCCUAAAUAGACUUCGUUCCAGGCACAUCUUAUGUCUGCCUGCCCAUUAGCUUCCAUCGAAACGACAUCACACACACACAAGGGACGAUGACUCAAUAGCCGAAGACGACCUAUUUUCGAAUUUGUGAAUAAUGCGAAUGAGAAAAACCCCACUGUUAACCCGAACGAGAUUGAUACAGUUAGUCUUAAACGGGCUAGCGGGUCCACUGCCUUACAAACGGUGCUUUCUUGAUUAAUGGAGCUACUCCGUAAAAUUGCGUGAGCAACUCUUAAACCCCAUAUGUAUUGUAAGUCUCAGAUCAACAUUAACUCGAGGAAAAUAGAACAUCUUCUAUUGUUAUAAUUGAAUAUGGUUGUAUAUUUGGCGUUCUGCGGCAGCGGUUCCACAACGCUUUCAACGGAAAGGUUGGAAUAGAUGGUAAGGUUAAAUAGAACAUGUGGAGUCUUACAAGAGUAGACAGCAAUCCUGACGCGUUUAAAGUGUGUGCUUACGUGCUAUCUGUUCGUUACGCCUCUAACCAGUGUCGCCAGGAUUUUACUUCAAUCAUUGCCUUCUCAUCGUUGUAUUCACACGAGUUAAAGUCGAUCGGAUCGGAUUCCCAAGACCCCAGUUUCGUCAGCUGUUCUCGUGGAUUUUUAUCGCCAAAAUAUUGCGUAUUCGUUUGUUGCUUGUUAUUUGUUAAGUUCAUGUUGAUUGGCACAGUUUAUUGUUAAAAAGAAGCCAUUGGCAACGUCAUUCUUUUAUUAUUGUCAUCGUCGGAUAUGACGGCCUCCUGCGUACGCCACUUUGGAUAAGUGUCCUACCGCACGCAUCGCAAACGCUGCGGUCUCGUUUUGGAUUUAAAAAAGUGAUUUCGUACUGCCCUGGAUUAUGCUCCUUCACUCGACUAGAAAAAUCAUCGACACAACACACGCCGCACCGAAGCAUCCUUUGAAAAAUGCCGUUUGUUUACAAUGAGGACGGAGCUGCUCCCGAGCAGCCGGCCGUCCCCGUCCACCAACAUCUCCGUCACCAACAACAGCAGCAUCCUCCGAACUCGUCUUCGCCCCCUACGGAGUUGCUGCGACAGCAGCAGCAGCAGCAGCAGACGACGACGCCAGCAUCAACUUCAAACAUCAGUGGCAAUAGUAGCGGCCUGCAACAGCACUUUCAGCCUUUAUCGCCCCAUCUGCAUCAGCUACAGGCGCAAAUUUUCCAGAGCUCAUCGAACCCGCAGAUAUUGGGCAGCGGCAGUAGUAACAACAAUAGCACAAACGGAUUCAACGGACCUCACGCAGGUUCCCUCGGGCUCGGCCCUUCAAAACGUAUCCAACAACUACUUACCGACCCUUUACUGCUGCCACGCAAGGAGCCCAAUCGAGAACACCUGCAACAACAGCAGCAGCCUCUGCGAACGGUUACAGCAGCUGGUGCGGCAACAGCAGCGGCAGUACCACCACCUGGGGUUAUUAACAGACCGAAAUCUUCACCUGCGCUCGAAAGAUCGCCUCGAAAAGAGCGUCGAGAAAAAGGUGAGACAGGAGUUGCCGAUGGAACUGGCGUCCACGCGCAGCGAACUUCAUCGAAAAAAUCGGUGGUCCCCAACGCCAGUACUCAUAGAACGAGCGAACCGCAAAGUGCAGCAGGCGCAGCUGGGUUUUCGGCAUCGUCUUCGUAUAGGAACGGUGAUGCUGGAGGCCGAAACUUCCCGCCAACGUUACCUCAGCAUCAACAACAGCAACGGACACGAACUAAUUCAAUCAACCAUGUGUUGCCUUUCCUUGUAAAGCAGCAUGCAAAAACCCUACUCUCCGUCCAGGAACUUCAAGAAAGGGUGGCGAGCCUCGAAGAGCUGAGCGUCAGUCUUCAGUGCGCAAUGGAAUCAAGUUCCGCAUCAGUAGGAGGCUGUUCAACGAUAAACCCUGCUCAUCAACAAUCCAGCCCCUGGCAGACGUCAAGCAAAGCGCCGGUAACCAGCGGUAACGGUGCCGCUAUUAACUAUAGUCAAGUUGUACAGAAUUCGAAAUCGUCGCGUUCGGCCGAUUGCGGUGGCAGCAGUGCAGGAGGCGGAGCGGAAAGCGACAAACAAGACAGCGGACUUGGGGUUGACUCAUCAUCGAGCCAUUCGAGAAACAGCCAAACUCCUUCUGCGUCAGGCUCCUCACAGAGCGGCAUCAACAGCCAUCACAACCCUCAUACCUCAUCGUCUACGCUUAACAUUCACAAUACUACAGCGACAACGACAACAACAGCAGCCCACAAUACCACUUCACAUCUGAGCCCAUCCCAUAACCUUCAUCACCCCCAUCAUCAUCAUACGCGGCCGCAGCAUUUGACGGUCGCCGCUCAUGGUACAGGACAGACCAGAGUUAACAAUCCGCAUCAAAAUCAGGCGGACGAAUUGCUCGAUCUGCUCGAUCAGAUCUGCGAGCGCGGCAACCACCUUCGGGAUUUCGCAUCCAGUCAGCAACAGCUGCAGCAACUCAAUUCAGAUUUGGCGGGCAUGGGAGACGCACAGCUGCUCAAAGAGAACCGCGAACUCAAGAGGCUACUACACAAGACCGAAGAUGAGAAAAAAGCUCUUAAAGACCAGAUACGAGCCUACGAAAGCCAGCUCCAUCGCUUACAGGGUGAACGGAUGGCAUACGAAGAUAAGUUGUCUGCAGUUUGUUUCGAGAAACGACAGCUUGAAAGCCAUGUGAGGGCACUCCACGUAAGCUGUGUGGCGGGUGGAGGUGGCACAGGCACUGCUGGGAGCUCUCUAGGAACCGUAGUUCCCUCCAGGAGUUUGGCCGCUGCAGGUGUUGUCACAGGUCCUGCUUCCGGCCAGGGAUUGCCCGCAGGAUCAACAGGAUCUGCUGCGGCCACCAAUUCUGCCAGCAGCGUUCAUCCAGCGGUCAAUUCUAGUCAUCUCGGGUCGUUUCAUGACUCUCCCAGCAUAAACGAUAAGGUGUCCCGUGUCCUUCAGAUAGACAAUCCUUUGGAACUGCAACGCCAGUUGAUUGAACACAUCAUGGAUAAUGCGGCUCUAAUUGACAGACUGCGAAAACUAGAGGCCACGUGGGCGAAGCGACAUCAUGACUGGGCAAAGACCGAAGAGGCGCUGCAAUCGCACGUAGAUGACUUAAUGGGUGAGCGGGACGAGUGCAUAUCCGCAUUACGAAAAAACCAAGUUGAUUUACGAAGACUUCGUUCGAGACUCACGUUUCUUGAAAGCGCCGUCCACAAAUUUGACGGAGGACCGACGCACGGGACUCACGACGCUCGAGAGGCCCUCGAUCAAAUCGAUGAGAUGGAAGCUGCCCUCCCAUUACCGCCAUGGAUGCAGAGUUCCUCACCCCGUCUCGUACAGAGCUACCAUAAUAAUCUAGCAAUCGGGCUAGGCGAACGGAAAAGCCCGCAUCAUUCGCUACCCCCACGGGUUGGCGUUAACCAAGCGGCCAACGCUCAUCUAUUCCGCAAUGAAGGCCCGGCCUCGUUAUUGAGUAAUCAGUGGCGCCGACCCGGAGCUAAUUCACCGCAAGACCUUAUGUCGGUACAUGACGAUCUAACGUCGCAUAUCGAUCAGAUAUGUUCCGAGUUCGACCCGCUCAGUGGUAAGGAGGGCCAAGCACCGGGAGCCACACAGGGUCAUGACUACGACUCCUUAGACUUAUCGAUGCCGCUUCAGCCAACGAAGCUUCACAGCGCGCUGACUUAGUAUACUUCAUUGAAUUCUGACGUGAAACGCCUGAUUAUUAAAAUAGACAAAGCUCUAUGGCCCAUUUAGAAUAGGUAGGUAGUAGAUAGAUGGAAUCGAUGCCUGCACCGUAUCUGUGGUGAUAGAAUACCUCAUUAUAAUUGAAUCCUGUAAACAAAUUUCCGAGGAUCCGAUGCUUAAUGAUCCGGUAUCAAGCCUUCUUUAUAUCAUCCUGAUUGAUCCUUUUGGCAAUACGUAAUCUUCCCCAUAGGAUGCUACUAAUUCGUUUGAUGAUAAAUUACACUCUAUUAAUGCAAUUAUUUCUUGUCAAAAACAAGAUCUCGUAUUGUAGCAAAACGAGCGAUCUUGAAAAACUAUGACAAGAUGGAAUGACACACCUUUUCCCAUAUGGUAGUUGUUCAGAGAUGAUUUACGUACACAGGUGAUUUAAUUAAAAAAAAAAAAAGGAAAUGAGGGAACCAACUUGCGGAAAACUGAUCCAAGCGAAUAUAAACCUCGGUAUUGACCGUCGUACCAUGUAAUCUAUUUUAACAGCUUUAGAACCAAAUCGUCUCACACAGCAAAAUGAUCAGCGAGACAUAAAUAAAAAUACUAUAAGUAAAAAGUGAGUACGAGGCCGUAUACCAAAUACAUACGCGCUUGACAUGGGCGUAGCCGGUCGGCUGUCUGUCUAUAAGACAUCAUGACAAAAACAAUAGCUGUUGAACAUCAUGUUUUACACAGAAGCAUACACAUACAUACACACUCAUAUAUCAAAUGAGGGAACAAGAUAUGAACUAUAAAUAAAUGCUGUUAACUAUUAUAUUCUGUUAGGACGACGACGACGACUAGAUUGAUAAAUGAGCGGGUUCGGAUAGACAAGACUUCGUCGGUCCUGAAGAGCCUACGCCGGAUUUACUAGCAUAACAAUAAGUCUGCGGUGAUUACUGUGUAGCUUUCAUGUUAAUUAAUGUAUAUUUGUUGUUAAGGUUUCGGCGGCACUGCCGACAGGAGAUUGACUGCCGCAAUUUUCACUUUCGUGGCUGAAUCCGAUUCGUGGGUGGUGAGAUAUUGGUCGUUUGAUUUGAAUUUCUGCACGACUACUUUAUAUUAUUUCUAUUAUUAGUAUUAUGACCACCAUAUUGAUUCGUACUGUUUCUGCUUUAUACGUAUACCGUUAGAACUGUAGAAUCGAAAUUAGCGUAGCUUCAUUCUAAUUUGUGGAUCCUGAUCUUCUACCACACUAUA